GUAUUUUGAUUCUAACUGGACCAUCAGGUUCCGGAAAAACUGCAACAGUCAGAGUUCUUUCUUUGGAGAUGGGCAUCAGAGUUCAGGAGUGGACUAACCCGUCUAGUGCAGAACCGUACUUCAGCGGUCAGUCAGAAUGGAGAUCAGAGGGCUUCUCUUACAGCUCUCAGCUGGCACAGUUUCAGGAGUUUCUUCUAAGAGCUAACAAAUACAAAUGCUUGAAGAUGAAAGGUGAGAGAGGAGCUACAGACAAGAGGCUCAUCCUGGUGGAGGAUUUUCCAAACCAGUUCUACCGCCAGCCUCACAACUUUCAUGAUAUCCUGAGAGUCUUUGUGAAGAGCAGUCAGUGUCCGCUGGUGUUCAUAGUAUCUGGCUCUUCCAGAGGAGAAGGCAGCUUACGCUCUUUGUUCCCUCAGGAGAUUCAGGAGGAGCUUCACAUCAGCUGCAUCAGCUUUAAUCCAGUUGCUCCAACAACAAUGACGAAGGUUCUGAAGAGGAUUUUAUGUUCGGAGGCAGAAAAGCAGAGCCAUCAGAGGUUGUUUGUUCCCGAUAAAGCAGAACUGGAGAUGCUCUGUUCAGGAUCAUCUGGGGACAUUCGGAGUGCCAUCAAUAGUCUCCAGUUUUCCUGUCUCCCAGAAAAAACAAAAAGUUCUUUGAAGAAACCCCCUGCAGCGUCCACAGAAAGAAAUGUUUCCCUUUCGAAACGGAGGGCGAAACGCGUGAAACCAGCGAAGGAGCAGGAAGAGCUCCAGGCUGUUGGUGGGAGAGACGCGUCUCUGUUCCUGUUCAGGGCGCUGGGGAAGAUUCUGCACUGCAAGCGUGGAAAUCCUGAAGAUGUGAAUGAAGCUGAAGCUGCCUCUGAACCCUGCUUACCGCGUCACCUGUUGCAUCAUCAUAGAGAAGUACUGCUAGUCCAACCUGAGCUGGUUGUUGAGCGUUCGCAGACUUCUGGAGAGUUUUUCAGCCUUUGCCUUCAUCAGAAUUACCUGGACUUCUUCUCUGAGAUAGCCGAUGUCGACAGAGCCUCUGAUUAUCUCUCUGAUGCGGAUCUUCUCAUAGGAAAUUGGCCGAUCCGUCACAUUAUGGAGGAUUAUGGAUCGUCCGUGGCAACCAGGGGGUUAAUUCACUCCAACUCCAGGCAGCUUCCUGUUGGCUUCAGACCGCUGCACAAACCAGGCUGGUGUCUGAUCAGCAAACAGCAUCAGAAUAACUGCCUGGCCGCCCAGUCUUUGUUCAGGAGCUUCAGUCUCACGCCGGUCGCCCUACAAACUCAGCUGCUGCCGUUCCUGGUCAAACUCUCCCACCCUACAAGCAGCCAAGCACAGACGGCGUUUCUCCAGGAAGUGGGUCAGAUGUCGCUGAGGAGAGGCUCUGGCAGGUUAACACUGGAGAAUUUAAGAGACAAAGAAAUGGGCCAGGAGCUGGAGGAAGAGGAUGAGGAGGAAGGCGAGACGGAGAAAAGUUUACAGGCCAGUCAACCCCAACUUCCCACAAACCAGGAUCUGAUGGAGGAAGAGGAUCAGAUCAUAGAGGAAUACGACAGCGACUGAUUCCAACGCUGCCAGAAUUCAUUCAUUGUUUUUCACUCAAAGGGACGUUUUUUUUUAUUCCUUUCAUUUCUCAAAAACCUCUUUUAUUUAAAGCACAUUAGAGAAAACAAAUCAAAGACAGAAGGCUCAUAGGUCCACAUUAUGGUUAAUUUAUUUAAGAUUCAUAAUUUACCCAAAAUAAAAUAAGCCAAACAUUUACACUUUAUUUUUUUUUUUUUAAUGAUUGUUGUGCAUCAACACCUUUUGCUUCUGACCUGCAGGGAUCAACGCACCGUUUUCAGACCGACCUUAAAAUCUGGGUUUAUUUUCUUAUUUAUUUCCUGGGGAGAUGUUUCUCUGUCUGGAACCUGAAGAACAUUUUUUACUUAGAGCCUGAAGUUUCUGUUUACAUUUCAAUUCUAAAACGAACCUGUGAAAAUACUGAAAGGAGGCCAUGUUUGACAGAACCUUGGAGUAAAGAAUAUUGUACAUUUGAAAAGCUGUACUUGCAGUAACAUAGCAGGAAGUAAGUGUUUAAACAAGGAAUCAAAGGUUUUCAUACCGCGAUGUGUGAGCACUAUUAAAAUGUUUUAUUUGUAUAUUUUGGUACACAUGUUUUCUGAUUUAACUUUUAAAGUUCAAAUAACUUCUAAUCAUCAUUUCAGGUUUGUUUUUUUCCUUGUAGAGAAAGUUCUAUAUUUUUUUGGGCAGUUAUUUAAGAGAUGUUAUUUUAGGAUAAUUAGGAUCCAAAUAAAGAUGUGAUGAGCCCUGUGGUUUUAGUUACUGGAAAGAGUAACUAAAUACUAGGGAUGCACGAUAUAAUCGGCCCCCUAUCGGUAUCGGCCUUAAAA